AUGGACAAGUUCAAUCGAGUACUCCAUCUGAGUCGAUCGGUCCACUUCGACUGUACCAUCACCCUCGACCAACUAAUCAAUAUCCCACUCCUCAACGGAAGAUUCAAGAUCAAAUGGAAAUUCAACCAACCCACUCAGGAACCACUCUCAACAACAACCUCAACCUCAACAACAAACACCAGCUCAACACAAACAGCAACUAUCAACAACCAACAACAACAACCCAUCGAACUCAACAAUCACCCUCAUCAUCGUCAAGAAUCACAUCAACCCUCACCACCAACCCAGCUCAUCGAACUACCUAUCAAGGCUGAAGCCAGUGGAGCCACGGACUACCACGAGAUCAAGAACCACUCGGUCCACUUCAGGCAUGCCUUCCACUGUCCAAUCUCCAUCAACCUCGACAAACAGGCCGUCCUCCAGCCGAGCAUCCUGACGAUCCUCAUCAAGGAAGAACACGUCAACGAACUCGGCAGGAGGAUCGUCAGUCGACACGGCUCCAUCGACAUCGAUCUCAGUCAGUACACCCCUCUCAUGAACAUCAUCGAAGAAAACUCCACCCUACAUCCUACCCCAUCCGAACCUCACCAUCACCACCACCAUCACCAUCACCAUCAGCAGCAAGCCUCCAGUCGGAUCGAAAAGGCAAAGUUCUUGUUGAGGGAAUGUAAGACAAACGCCAGUCUCAAGCUGCAGAUCCAAAUGGACUAUCUCGGUGGUAUGACACCCUUCAAGAUAGCAAAGAGCUUGGGCACUGCAAUGUCUGCAACGAAUAUCAGUGGAACCUACCCGGAAGUCCAGAUGACUCGGGUCCCGUCACAGCCGGAUGACACCAGAUCGAGAUCAUCGAUAAUUUCCUCAGGCUCAAGCCAACACAAGUUCAACAUGACGAGCAACAAGCCGAGCGGGAUGAUGGCGAAACUGCCCGGGGGGUCGAUGAUGGGAGGAAUGAGUGCGACGCACCACCCCUCCCCACAGACGCAGCCGAUGGUCCAAGUCUCCUCCCACUCCGGACUGGCGGGACUGACCCAGGAGGCCCACCACGAGCAUCCCCAGGAUGUGACCUCCCAACUGGCGAAGGACGUCAUCGACGCUAUCUUCGCUAACCCCGCUAUCCUCACCUCUACCCACCCCGCGCCCUCCUCGACUAUCAAACAUCGGCGGGUGAUCCAUUCGACUCCUAACUCUCAUAAGAAAUACUCUACUAAACGCUCCAUCAAGUCUUCUCGCUUCUAUUAA